AUGCCCGUGGAUUUGAAACCAAUGCGCUAUGCACACAGCGAAGGACAUACUGAUGUUUGCUAUGACGAUAAUGGCAGGUUAGCAGCUUUUUAUUGUUGAAAAUUUAAAUAUAUAGUACAUGUUUUUAUUCGGCUAUAAACAAUAUAAAAAUGUUUAUAAUUUGUAAGGUUUAAAGCUUCUAUUUUGAUUUAUCACGGCUAAUUAAAUAACUUAAUUUAUAACUGUUUGCUGGAAGAUUUAUUGUACUGCAAAAAAAGUUGUGUAGACUUUUCAAUUACAUAUAAAAUUAUAUAACUUUUAGGGGCUGUCAACAAAUAGAUUUCGUCCUAAACUUUAAACUCAACCUUUCUUAAUUAAUCUUUAAAUUAAUAUCCUUUCUCAUUGCCAACCAGGUUUUUUUCAAAGAGAUAAAGCAGUAUUUGUCCCAGAUGUUUCUCUUUCUGCUAUGAAACAGAACAAAUCUGCAUAUUUGUGGACAAAACCUAUUUAUGACUGAGGACAGUAUUAAAAGCCUCUUUACAGACAUGUUUCUAUAAUCUAUUACUGACAGUUUGAAAUAUCCCAAUGUUUAUAAUUCUUAAGAACUGUUUUUAUCUAGAUACUUAGUAACAUGUGGUUCUGAUGGUGAUGUUCGUAUCUACGAUGGAUUUGACGAUGACGAUCCUGAAUCAUUCAGAGCUGGUGAAAACGUAACUGCUGUCACGUUCAAGGUACAUUUGCUGGCUAUAUGGCUCAGAGACCGAUACAUUCAAGAGAUGCACCUCAAUUCAAUGGAGAGUUUUAACAAUUAUGUGUAAACGAUUUGUGCCAGUUAUUUUAAAAGUGUUGUUGUCAUCUGACUAGCAAUACAGCAGUGUAGAUUUAAUAAUGAUUUUGUAGUUGGAAAUUCAAGGGGAAAUUUUAUACAAUUCGAGGCCCUCUGGCAGGAAUCGAACCAGUAGCCCUGCAAUUCUCGUGCAGUGCUCUGAGCUACAGAGAGAUAGUUGUCAAGCUCUAUGUUUCUUUUUUAGAAUGAGAGGAUAGUAACUGGAGCAGAUAAUGCUGUGCAGAUUUACACAUUCCCAAAUGUAUGUGCUUUAAUUCAAUAACUGUUUCUACAUUCUCAAGAAUUUGCUAAAUUACAGCCAGCAUUAAGAGGUUGAUAAAUACUUCCAUUUUUCUUAGGGUUCUCCAGAUGGCAUGAUAACAAGGUUUACUGCUUCAAUCAACUCCAUCUGUUACAGUCAAUCUGGAAAGUAUUUAGCUGCGGGUGCCAGGUGAAUGUGCUAAUUGUGUUCAGGAAUCUAUUGGGAGAACAGUUUUGAUUCCUUUGGCCAUUCAGUGGUUAUGUACCCAUUUUAUCAUUUUAGUCUAGCCGACUAAUGUCAGAUGAUUUUAAUUGUCAAGGGGAGAGUGCAGCCACUCAAUGGGUUAAUCAGACUGCAUCCUGUUGACCCUUUAAGUGACAAAGUUCCGUACUUCACUAUUUCAACCUGUCUACAGUAUGCUCCCAUUCAAUUGAUUAAUAUUUACAUUUUUUCUUACUGUAGUGAUUUUAAUAUCAAAGUGGUUCAAGUGAGCGAUAGCAGCCAUAAAUCUCUAAAAGGACACGAAGCACCAAUUUUAAGUGUGACAUUAGAUCCUGAUGAAGAAUUCUUGGUAACUAUGUCAUUCUGUAUAUUACUUAUUGAUUUCUUGCUCAAAUCUUACCAGGACUAUUGUAGUUCAUUUACGAUGAUACCAAAGCAUUUGUGAAGGAAAUUGUUUACAGGUUGUUAAAAUUAAUUGAAAACUUGCCAUUUACGGUACUGUAAAUAUAUCUCGCAACAAAUGUGAACCAUGCUUGCCUUAGGAUUUAUUAAUUUUCAUUUGAAAGGCAUCUUCCAGUUGUGAUGGCACAGUAAAAGUUUGGGAUUGGAAAGAACAGGUGAAUCUAAAGACUUACUAUAAAAUUUGUAAAAAAUCUUGUAUGGUACUUAAUUUACUUAUGACUCUAUAGAUCACAACAUUUUUGUCGGUACAUUUCUAGAAAUGUUUGAAGUCUCUGAACUUGCUUCCCAAGAAUAAUGAUAUAAGGUGCUUACUUGUUUAUUAUAAGUAUGGUUGAGUAUGGUACAUUAUUAUGUACUCCAUGUAGUAAAGCAUAGCAUAAUUGUUUUGUAUUUUUCAUGUAUUUAGCACAUCCAAAAGUCUCUGUCGACUUGCAUUUCAACCCAAGGGAAAGAAAUAUUUGGCUGUUCCAGUUGAUAAAGAAGUCAAGGUUAUUUUAAUUAUUUCUUGUUCUACCAACACAGACACUAUAACACAUCUGUCAUGUACUGUACCAUCCAAUCUACAAUUUGGAUAUUCUUCCCUCUGAUGAUGAUGGUGGUAGGGUGGUGGUGAUCAGAGAUUCGUUUUUAAAUGCCAGAACAUCGUUUUCAAAUGCCAGAACUCCCUUUUCAAAUGUCAGAACUUCCUUUUCAAAUGCCAGAACUCCCUUUUAAAAAACCAGAACUCCCUUUACAAAUGCCAAAACUCAGUUUUCAAAUGCAGACCUCCCUUUUCAAAUGCCAGAACUCGCUUUUCAAAUGCCAGAAGUAUACCUUUUCAAAUGCCAGAACUCCCUUUUCAAAUGCCAAAACUCAGUUUUGAAAUGCCAGACCUCCCUUUUCAAAUGCCAAAACUCAGUUUUCAAAUGCCAAAAACUCCCUUUCCAAAUGCCAGAACCCCAUUUUCAAAUGCCAGAAUUCCCUUUUCAAAUACCAGACCUCCCUUUUCGAAUGCCAGAACUCCCUUUCAAAUGCCAGAAGUACCUUUUCAAAUGGUUGACAAACAUUCCUUGAAUUUAAAACCAUGGUCAGCUAGAACACUACACACUGGUGGUGGUAGUGAUGGUGGUUGUAGUGGUGAUGGUUUUGGAGAUGAUCAUUUGCUUUCUUUUGUACAGAUAUAUGAAAGAGGCACUUGGAACAAUAUUUUUAGUUUAAAAGAUGGUGAUGGUAGCUCAGAGGUAACCUACUCAUUUCACAAGUAUAUAUUUACACUUUUUACAUGAUUCUAAAUUGAAAGUUUUUCCAUGUAGUCUAUUUCUAUUGCCAAGUGGUCGCCAUCUGGAAAUUAUUUAGCAACAGCAAGUGUCAAUGGAGAGAUACUUAUUUGGUCUAUUAAAACUAAACAAGUCAUUGAGAGGUACAGUAAUGUUAACCGCAAAGCAGAAUUUCUGUAUUUCAGUUGUUUUUGAUAACUUCAAUCAGUCAAUCCUUUUUUUUUCAAGGACACAACAUGAUAAAUCCCUAGCAAUCACAUGUCUUGUGUGGAAUCCAAAAAUGAACGGUGAAAUAGCUUACACAGAUAACCAAGUGAGUUGGAGUUUCUGAUUUUUCAUACAAGUUGCUGCAAAACUCAGGACCUGCGAAUUAAUUGGUGAAUUUUUCUGUUUAGGGUCAACUGGGUGUUUGUAGCGAUGUUUUACCAACUAAUUCAGCUCCUGCAAUGAAGGUAAUUGCUGUCUACGAUAAUCAAUACAGCGUGUUCAAAACAUUUGCUUUUAUAUAAACUAGAGCAAGCUACAGUAUAACCGCUUCAUUCAUUGGAUACGUAGCUCUGUCAGUUCUUAGAACUUCUUAACGGUAUGCAUCGGAUCACAUCGAGGAUUUGAGGGCGUUGCGCUUUUCCUCAUAACGUUGCAGUUUGUAAAUUCUUAACUAUUAGAAGUCGUUUACUCGUCUGCAAACAAGAGAAAAACCAAGAAUAUUAUAUCAAAAUUAAUUUGCCUGAACAGAAAGUUAAGAGCGUGGACUCGUUGGAUAUGACGGCGGACGACUUAGGAAAUGACGAAAUGAGAUGAGUACUUUGACUCAAAUUUAUUCCCAUUUACUCCUGUAGUAAUACUGGACAUAAGAGAACAGCUCAUAGUAGAACUGAUAGAGCUAUCUGCAGUGUAAGUACAGUUAGUUUAGCAUUUAUAUUAUUUUGUCGAAACAGAAAGCUCAGAAUAUGGAUCCGUUAGAUAUGAUGGCAGAUGACUUGGGAGACGAUGCAAGUGAAACAGGAAGUCUGUUAGGAGUGAAGAAACGAAGUCGAGUCAAGAAUUCUUGGUUUGAUGAUGAAGCUGAUGAUGAUGAUGGUGAAGUGGGAGAACAAGGUGGUGAUGAAGAUGAUGAGAAUACCACAGGUAAAGCUUACUGUACAGCGUGUCCAUGGGCUUUGAAAAUCCUGGAAAGUCCUUGAACUGGAAAAAAAUUCCAGAACUGGAAAGUCCUUAAAAAUCAGUAGAAGCUGUGCCAACAUUAGUGAUUUUGAUCAAAAUUACUGAAUAAAGUUACAGUAAUUAUUUCCGUGCCAUUUUUAAAGAUUGUUCCCAGUUCUAGGUUCUUGAAUUUACUGAAAAGGGGCCUUGAAAGUCCUGGAAAAGUCCUUGAAUUUCACCUUCACCAAAUGGUGCACACCCUAACUGUAUAACUGGUCGUAUCUUUUUAACUAAAGUAAACCCUUGCCCCUAUUUCUGAUACGAACUUGGAAUAACGACUGGAAGUCAGUUUUCCCAAUUUACAGUUUCAGUUUUCCCAUUGUGUAACUAGCCGGAAGUAUUCUCAGACAAAACAGUCUUUGAUUUAUAAUCCUAACCCUAUUUGUACACGAAACAACGAUAUUACGCUGAAUUACUGACGGAACUUUGGAACGUCUACAUAAAUUAACGUAUGAGUUUAUUCGAUAUUAAACUCUGGAAAAAUUAGCGUUUAGCAUAUAGUAAUUUCCCGUUUGUAAUCUAAAAUGACUGAAAAUUGCAAAUUUCGAAAGGCUAUAUUAUCCGCAUUUUACGACAUUUCGCAACGAAACUUUGGAAUAUUACUAAUUUUGUGAUGCUCUUUCAAGCUGUGAUGAAAUUUUUGUCUAGAUCAAAAUUUAGUCUAUUACGCAAGUGGUCAAUUAAAAUGGUACUAUAGUACAGAUAUGAUGUUUUUAGAUCUUGGUAAAAUCAAAGCAGAAUUGGCAGGACCAAUGGGACUGGAUACCGAAGAUAAUCCAUUGCAAGAUGAUGCUAAGAGUGAGACAACGGAAACGAAUAUCAGACCAGUUGUUAUACAACAACCACUAACUAUACAGCAACAACCAUUUCAACCUGGAUCUACACCUGUACAUCUUAUGCAGAGGUUUAUGGUGAGAUUCAUUUGUACGGAUUUUACUCUAGAAAAGACCCAGAUCAGAAAAGUAUAGAUAAUUAAUGUUAACUACAGUUAGUGCGAAAGUUAGCCAAUCAACUAUUUAACUACAAAAUAGUGAUUAAAAAGUAGUUAAGUGUUUUCUUACAACCGGCUUCGCUAUGUGGGUAGAACAAGUGCGAGUGAUUUACGGUUGAAAAGUUUAAAACUGUAUUUGAUUCAAGGUUUGGAACAAUAUUGGCAUUGUACGAUGUCAUUCCGAUGAAGAACCAGCAUCAAUUGAUAUCGAGUUUCAUGACAGUAGUCUACAUCACUCUAUGAAUAUCAUCAAUCACAUGAACCAUACUAUAGCAGCAUUAUCUGACACGGCUGUAUUGCUUGCUUGUCAAGCUAGUGAAGAAUUACCAAGGUAUGUGUUCAAAUUAUGGUGUGCUUUCUGUAUCAUGCAGUGCCUUUUUGUUGAUAUAUUUGUUGCACUAAGCAUUACUGUUGACUAUUUCUUCUAAACUUUAGUAAGCUGUUGUGUCUCCAUUUUGGAACAUGGGACCGUUCAAAAGAAUGGAGCGUUUCAAUGCCACAAGGAGAAGAUAUUAUGGUUAGUAAGACACGAUGUAAUUUGCUAAUGCUAUUUCUGGACCUUUUAAUCGCAGUGGUUCCCAAUUGACAUUGCACUUUGUACAGUACGUAGGCGCUGUUUCAUCCGACCCGAUCGUAGGAUCCUUACAAGAUCCUAACAUGAUCUUGCUAGAAUACUGUACUUAUGCGAUCAUAUUAAGGUCGUACUUAAGAAUUCUACCACGGGAGGUACAAGUUCAGUUAUCCUCCUGUCCGAAAUGGUUACAACAAAGGCCCUAGGUUAGGGUUGGGGGUGGGCUAGGUUAUGCAUUAGUGAUAUUGUGUCGGGUGAAUAGCAUUUUGCUGUCGGGUAUAAAAUGAAUGUCGAUCUGUCCCAAUGCCACAUUAUUGCUAUAUCAUCAAUUUUGUACAGGCUGUUGCUGUGGGCAGUACCUGGGCUGCUGUGGUGACCAAUCAAGAUUUGCUCCGUAUAUUUACAAUCGGUGGUCUUCAAACAGCACUAGUCUCUCUGCCUGGUCCCGUUGUCUGUAUGUCAGGCCAUGGCAGUCAGUUAAUUGCCGUGUAUCAUAACGGGAUGGGGCUGCCUGGAUCCCAGUGUUUGGCUGUCAAGCUUAUUGAUCUCGAUACCAGUACACAAGUUAUUGCUGACCAGAGGUUACCAUUGUCACCUAAAGCAAAUCUCUCGUGGCUGGGGUAAGAGAAUAGUAAUUAGCCGCCAUGGUUUGUGCCUGAAUACACGUUAGAGAUUUAAACGCCUUUACUCUUGCAGAAAACGUUGAUGUAAUUCACGAACCCCGGCAGUUUAUUGUAGACCACCACCUACACUUGACCCAAUGUUUCAAAUAUUGGAACACCAAAAAUGCCGAUAUUUGAAUGCUCCAACUUCGCAAAUUUAUUUUGCCACGUUCUAAUUGCAAUUAGAUUUAAGAGUAGGAAGAAGCUUGAGCUUUUAAAUCGUUGCUUGUGUAGAUUUUCACUGGAAGGGACUCCGGCGUCCGUGGACUCUCUUGGUAUCGUUCGUCUGUUGAAUCGUUCCCUGGGCAAUACAUGGAGCGUUGUAGCUAACACAAAAAUUCAGGUAAUUCUUCUUUUACCAGUGCCUAAGGUCUCGACUAUCCAGCCUCACUGAUGCGUUUUUUUUGUUCUAGGGAAUUGGCUAAGUUUCUUUGUUUCGUUGUAGGUGAAACGAGCAUCGGAUAACUACUGGGUUGUUGGUCUCACAGAAACGUCAGAACAAAUCAGGUUGGUUAUUGAAAUUGACUAUGACAUUCCCGCAUAAUCAGAGGCGGUGAGGCUCGUCAAGAUACCAUGAGAUUUUUCGUUGGGCCUCGAGUACUUGUGCACGAAUUGGGCCUCUUAUAAAGUACAGUAUGACCUUUUGGUGUCAUUCUCCCGACACCUUUCAUAAGGCAAGGUACGGCUGCAUUCAAUCUGGCCUCGAAGAUCUCUGUCGAAUAGUUCUUUUUAGGUGUGUUCUGUGUACCGGGUCGACUUAUCCUCCUACCUUACCCCGUCCUCUCGUGAGUACGUUACCGCUUCAAAUGGCAGUGUGUGAAGUGGGCACGGAGAAAGGACAGUUAGAGGUAAACUAGACUAACUUUAUUUAUACUAGAUAGUUCUAUCAGUUCUAAACCGUCCUCCCUCGUGGUCAAAUAAGGGUCUUCUCUUGUUGGUCCACUGUUGCUACAAGAGAAAACCUAAACUAAAUUUGACUAAUUUUAUUUAUACUGGGUAGCACUAUCAGUUCCGAAGAUGGAACAGUAAGGAUCAUCUCUUAUUUGUCCGGUGUUGGUACAGCGGGAGUACCGGGAGAGAACCUGUGGUGCUUGGUAGAGUUAAAUAAACACUUUGCAAAUUAUAAACAAAAACUGCAUAUUACAAGAUUAAAACCCCAGUCGAAGUGGUGAAAGGCACACGGUCUAAAUAGUCGAAUACAGUAUGUACAAAUAGUUAAAUAUCACAACUCGAAAGAGAACAAUUUUGUAAUUGUUGUAUUUAGGAGAAUCACCUGCGAUCACGUUUAUUAAUGAAUAGACUGGAGUAUGAUAAAGAACGAGGCAUUCCUUUGGAGGAGAACCUGUAUGAACAAAGUCAAACUGAAAUCAAACAAUUACUUAUGAAACUUUUUGCCGUAAGUUCAAUUUAUCGUAGUUUUGGAUAUCCGGAAUAGUUGCAGUCAUGGGAUUGUCAAAACAAUGGGAAGACAACGGAUCAUUCCGACCACUAAAUUGUGACGGCACAAUUAUGAAGUUAGGGCACCAUUUAUUUCGAUUGCAUAUGUUCUCUGGCAAAAUAAGCGUAGUGUAUUUCUUUGUUCCAUGAGCACUAGAGUGAAACUAAUAACUUCGACACAAAAGAAGUGCUACGAUUUGAAGUCGAAAACGGCCUUUAAAAAGCAAAUUGUGGUUGUUUUUUUUUUAGUUGUCAUGUAAAACCGACCGUGAUUUCAGAGCAAUGGAAGUUUGUGAACUCCUGCCUGAUGCCUAUUCGGUGAGUAAGGAUACUUUUUUAACGACUAUAAAAAACUGAUCAUAUCAGGGAUGGAUUAACUGGGGAUCAUAUCAGGGAUGGAUUCACGCACUCACUCACCCCCCUCCCCUACCCCUUGCCAGAGGGGGGGGGGGUACAAGGGGGUGCUAUUUUUCAUGAUAAAGCUAAAGACAAAAAGAGAGUAAUUUGAGUAAUAACAUGAUAAUAAGCGAACUGUGAACAACAAUUAUAGUUCAAAAUCCAGUAGUCAAGCAAGUACUGCUGUAUGUUGAUAAGUGGACGGCGCAUGUGACCGACCCACCAGGUCAUGCUGGAUCCAUCUCUGGAUCAUAUCUGUGUACAACCUUAUUGCCUUUCAAUACAGGUAAGCUUAGCAAUCAAGUAUGCUUCCCGGAACCGCCGUAUGAACUUAGCUCAAAGACUUGAUGAACUUGCUCAACGUAAGGCAGAGGAGGAAGCAGCUGCCGAACAAGAGGAGGACGGAGUUGAGAAUGGAUAUGAAGAUGAUAUUGUGGAAUCAAGACAAAGUGUUGAACAUGGAUCUCAUGGCAGGUCAAGGAGUAUUGGGCGAGGAAAUAAAAUGAAGAAUACUCAAGGUAAUAUGGAAACACAAGAUGAUGAGGAGGAAGAAGAUAUGGAGGAAGGACAACAGGAAGAUGUUGAAGAUGAUGCUGAAGGUAACACUUGUUGGUUUUCGUUGAUUCUGUAGGAAUCAAUGUUUAUAAAGAAAGCUUCGGAUUGAUAGGGAUACAACAACUUGAAAAAUUCCCGACUUCCUUACUAACUCCCCGACGAAGGGCCUUCGCUCGAAACGUCGAAGUUCUCCUUGUAUAUUUCAGACAGUUGCAUCCUUAUAAUUCCAAAAUCCAAAGUUUAAUAGCUACACUGGCACGGACUGUUCAGUGUUUAUAGUUGAAGUUAUAAGUUUAAAUAUUGUAAGAUAUUUGGUCGAAACACUUUUUUUCGACGUUUUCAUAGUAUUACUUUGUAUUGCUAAAACAGAGAACAGUGCAGAAGUUGUUGAAUCAAAAACGGCCGUCGCAUCCAGGCCAAGUCUCGGUGCUCUGCCUAAACGACACAGCUAUGAUCCGGUGUAUAGUCAGGACACACCACAGAGAAGCAAUCCAUUUAAAGUAACCAAAGAAAAACCUACAACACAUGGCAAUGGAGGAUUCUUUGAAAAUGUUGAGAAAGAGAAGCAGAUUCUAGCCAAAAAAGCUGCUGAAAAAUCACGUAAGUGCAGGUUUUGUUUUCGUGGAAUUGUCCCAUUGAAUACUGAGUUCAUUAUUCAAACAGAUUGAGGUGUUAAUACUGGACCGUUAAGGAAUGGACCAACUAGUGUACCACCAACAUUCUCAAGGACUGUUUAUGAUUUCUUUUCCAGCGUCUUCUGAAACAAAGAAGUCCAAGGGAGGUAAACAGAUGACAUUGUUCAGUAAGAAGAAACAGAAAGAAGAUAAAAAACAGGAAAAAGCAGAGGAGAAGCAAACCGAAGCCAAACCAAGUAAACCAAAGUAAGUCAUGGAGGGAAACAAAUACACCUGACUUGUUUCCCGUCCGAUUGCUAGAACAAGGAUGAUUCGAUGUACUCGUGUAUACAGCUGCCUAGAAAAACCUUCGUCUAAACUGGAUUCUGGACAAGUUACUCGUGUCAACCACUGAUCAUGGAAAAUUUUCUCGUCUUACUGAUACAAGGGAUUCUCCAUUUUCAUGAGCCGGAAAAUGGUUUUAAAACGCCGAACUAUAGUCCCAUUAUAUCAUCAUCCCUAAGAUUCAGCAUUUAAGAGUAUACGCUCUGACCGAAAAUAGGGGCGCUUUCCAUUUAAUGGCCUGACUGGUGAGACCCGAAUUCUUUUCUCUGUAUCAAUGGAAAGAUCUGGUCUAUGUUUCUCAAAUAUCUAGCGAAAAUGGACCUCAUUCUAAUGUUAUCUAAAUUUUCCGGUCAGAUAGGUCCGAAGCCCAAAUGUUUUGUGUUUCAUUCAACAAUUUGACCGGUCUGGCCGUGUUAAUGGAAAGUGCCCUGGGGUACUCUCUAAAUAUAUCUAUAUGCUUUGUGAAAAUGUUGAUUAUUAUAAACGACGCAAUGAAAUUAUAAAUAAUUAUAAAUAGAUCCAAUGAAAGUCGUCAUUCGGAGAGGCUGCUAGUAUUUUGUUUUGUUUUUACCUUCAUGAACAGGUUUAUGACCAGUGUUUCUCUUAUUGCAGAAAAAAUGCGUUCCAUUGUUGGCUCGAGAACAUGAAACCUCUUUUCCAAGAAGAGAACCCAGAUUUAUCCGACGGUGAAAUCAUGAAGCUUGCGAUGAAACAAUGGCGUGAAACACCCAAGGAAGAAAAACAGGUUUGGGAAAAGACUGCUAAAGGUAAUGUAAGUACAGUGAAAAAUGAAGUGAAGGAAAGUGGACAAGGGGAUGACAGUGAAGUAGGUGAGAAAAAAAGAAAGAGACUUGAGGAGGAAGGUGAGGAGAGGAAAUCUGAGUCUAGCCUGGAAGAGAAAGAAAACAUUUCGAAAAAAGUUAAAACAUUCGAUAAGCAAAAAGUAAACUCGAAACUUGCAGGAUUCGCUUUCAGUAAAUAAUGCUCGCUUAGUUCUCCGGGUAUUCUGCGUUCAGUGGGAAAACACAAACAACUGAUCCGUUAGUUAACAAACAGCCGUUAGUUAAUAAUGCCGAUUGCCAAAAUGUACAGCGUAAAUUAUCGAAAGCAGAAGAUCUGGGUUUUUAGCAAUGCGCAAAAUUUGGUUCUCACGUAAAGAACUCGUUCGUCGGAAUGCGAAAAAUCCGAAACAAAAGGCUUUGUCCGACUUUCGCUCAGACUUGCAGAGUGAAAAAUUUCUUUCCCAUAGUUAACUCUUAAUGCGUAGACAUUGGACAGAUAAUUUUUCAACACAACAUAAAUUGAUAUAAUAUGAAUACUUUAUCAUAGGUAAUACUCUAUUUUAGUUUGUGUUGUAUAAAAGUUAACAAUAAAACACUGGGUUAUGCAAUUAGUUUAUCUAUGAUACAAGCAAAUCUGACAUUAAUGUAAAAACAGUCGGACAGACAGUUUUAAUACUCCUUAAUCGAGUUCUUAUUGAAGAUAAAAGCAACUUAAUUUUAGCAAUAUGUGUUCUCAUGACGUCAUCCUCUCAAAACAAUGAUGUCAUCCAGUUCUCAAACAAUGACAUCAUACAGUUACUUAGUGGGGGUCGAGAAGUCCUCUCCUUCGUGUUUCAACAGCCAUUGUUUCUUAUCCACACCACUGCUAUAGUUUCCCAUUUCACCACUGGCAUUGAUCACACGAUGACAAGGCACAAAUAUCGUGAACGGGUUAGUCUUCAUUGCUUGUCCUACUGCCCUAGCUGCUUUGGGACUACCGCAUAACUUGGCCAAUUCCCCGUAACUUAUAGUCUGUCCCGGACCAAUCCGAUCUUUCAAGACGUUCCAAACUUUGCACAUAAAUGCUUUGCCGUUGUGUGCUUCCAUGUCCAGGGUUGGAAAUUUCAUGGAUUUCGUUUCAUUUGGGUCUCUGAAGUACGCCUCGAACCAUUUAACUGCAAGUUGUAGGUUCUCGUUAUUUGGAUUAUUUACACUUGAGGUUUUGUCCGGAUCUUUUGUAAAUUUAACACCCUUUAUUCCUUUGUUGUUGUAUGUAAUUCUUAUGUGGCCAAGUGGGCUAUCAACUAUGUGCACUUCUUCCAUUCUAUGUAGCUGUAUUAUAAUCACUGCUAGAAAUAGGCGAGCGUAUCCAAAACAAACACACGUGCUUAUUUGUACAUUUAAACAUCGCGU